GAGUAAACACUAAUGUGUCGAGGAAUACCGACGCCAUUUUGAUUGUAGCCUUAAAAUGGCAGUGAGUGUAGAGGAAAGACGACGGUUCAGGACGGUUUUAGUGUUUCAACGGGGAAGAAAAGUUUUCUUUUUUGGUUUCCGACACGGAGUGAGCACCGAGAGGGACUGAGCGAGACGCAUGCCGGGGAAAUGGAUAUCACGACUGCGGUGUUUAACGCGGCGAAAGACGGGAAACUGAAACUUAUCCAUAAGUUGCUGAGCAACAAAACUCCGGAGGAGUUGGAGGCGCUCGCCGAGGAGAAGACUCAGGGAGGCACGCCGCUCCUGGUUGCCUCGCGGUACGGACAUUUUGAAGUGGUGAAUUAUUUACUUGAGUAUUGUAAGGCUAACGUAGAGCUCGGUGGUUCGGUCAAUUUUGAUGGCGAGACGAUCGAAGGAGCUCCGCCGCUUUGGGCGGCUUCCGCCGCGGGGCAUCUUCCGGUUGUCAAAACUCUCCUGAAGCACGGCGCCUCGGUUAAUAACACGACCCUCACCAACUCGACUCCUCUGCGCGCUGCUUGCUUCGAUGGACACCUGGAAAUCGUGCGGUACCUCGUCGAACAUCAUGCCGACAUGGAGGUGGCGAACCGUCACGGACACACCUGCCUGAUGAUCUCCUGCUACAAAGGGCACCAAGAAAUCGCCAAGUUCUUGCUGGAGCGCGGCGCAGACGUGAACCGCAAGAGCGUCAAAGGCAACACCGCGCUGCACGACUGCGCCGAGUCUGGCAGUCUGGAGAUCAUGAAAAUGCUCCUGAAGUGCAAAGCCAGGAUGGAGAGAGACGGCUAUGGUAUGACCCCGCUGCUGGCUGCCAGUGUUACCGGCCACACGAACAUCGUCGAGUACCUCGUGCACCAGCCCAGAGCUACGAGAGAGGAGUGCAUCGACGCCCUGGAGCUGCUGGGAGCAACUUACGUAGACAAGAAGCGUGAUCUGUUAGGGGCCAUGCGCUACUGGCGAAGAGCAAUGGAGCUCCGGCAAGCAGGAGAUAAAGCGGGAUUUCUGGCCAAGCCGCCUCCUGGGCCGCCCGUUCCAGCAUAUGACUGUGCUCGAGAGGUUAACACAGUGGAGGAACUGGAGGCCCUGAUCACUGACCCAGACGAAAUGCGUAUGCAGGCGCUCCUGGUCCGAGAGCGCAUCCUGGGCCCUUCGCACCCAGACACGUCUUACUACAUCCGCUAUCGGGGUGCUGUUUACGCUGACUCAGGAGAUUUCGAGCGCUGUGUCAGUUUGUGGAAAUAUGCACUCGACAUGCAGCAGAGCAACCUGGACCCGCUGAGCCCCAUGACAGCCAGUAGCUUUUUGUCGUUCGCCGAGCUUUUUAGUUUUGUCCUUCAAGACCGAGCAAAAGGUGCACCGGCCGCACGCGUUGCCUUCCUCGACCUGAUGGGUGUCCUGGCCAAGGGUGUGCGUGAGGUGGAGCGGGCGGUGGCACAGCGGGAUAAUCAGCCUGAUGCGACGCAGUUCACUAAAGCGCUAUCCAUCAUCCUCCACCUCAUAUUUCUGCUGGAGAAAUUGGAAUGCAGCACGGCACAGGAGCACCAGAAAAAACAGAGCGUCUAUCGGCUGCUCAAGUUGAACCCAAGGGGCCGCAGUGGCUUCACGCCCUUGCACAUGGCUGUAGAUAAGGACACGACAGCGGUGGGCCGUUACCCAGUGGGCCGUUUUCCAUCUUUGCCCGUGACCGCGCUGCUGCUGGAGUGUGGCGCUGAUGUAGACUCGCGGGACUCUGACAACAACACGCCGCUUCACGUGGCAGCCCGUAACGGCUGCCCUAAACUGAUGACGCUGCUGGUGCACUCUGGAGCGCACUUUGAUGCAACCAACGCACAACGCAAGAUGCCUUACGAGCUGCUGGAGGAAGCCGGUGGAACGAGGCAUGCGCUGCACCCUCUCAGCCAUGUCACGCUGCAAUGCCUGGCUGCCCGUGCUGUCGAGAGACACAGAGUGCCCUACAAGGGCCUCGUCUCGGAGGAAAUGGAAGCCUUCAUCGAGCUCCACUGAUCUUACCUCAAACUCCUAUUUUUAUCUCCAGGUUCAGCUCAUGUUCUCUACUUCCGAACAACUUUCCCAAACCUUCUCUUUUUCCUCUCGUCUCUAAAUCAGGUCUCAUCUGUUUCUGAGGACAGUUUUUUUUUGCAGAAAUGGAAGCCUUUGUGUUGCACUGACUUUACCUCACCAUCCUCCCUGUCUUCAUGAUCCAUCUGAUUUUUGCUCCUCUUUUAUAGCAGGCAGACGAACUCUUAAGCCUCCGCACCACUUCCUCAGGCUUCUAAAUCACAGCAAUAAUCCCAGACUAAUAAUUACAAACAGGGAAAGAUUUGUACUUGCAGCAGUAUACGCUCAUUUAUAUGUCUUGCCUUUUCCCUUUUUUUCUCUCACAAGGGCUUGUUGAAGUAAAAAUACAAGAACCGGAACUCUUUGAUGCUCUUGAAUACUAUUUGAAGGGGAAAGACUUUGCAUUUGAUUCAGGCUUUAUUUCUAAUCUGCCCUUUAUUGUUUUUUUUUUUUUCCUGCCCCUUUUUUCAUUUAUUUCUUAGCGUGCAGGAAAUGAAAAUUAUUUGGCCUGUUUGUAUUUGUGUGUAAAUUCCGAAAGGCGACAGGGUGAAUUAGGGCAAGUUUGAACAUCAACGUUAUAAAUAGUACCGAUGCACUUUGCUGACUGGAAGUUUGUGUGUAGCAGAAUGAAGUCUGGUUAGUUUAGUUAGUUUUUGCAUGCUCAUUGUGUAAAUGCAAAAGCAACAGUCAUGUCAGUAUUGAUGAUCAGACAUUUUGAUCUGAUCUACUUUUAGUUCUUUAUUACAGUGUGGUUUAAUUUAACUGUCCUAAGUUAUAAUGUUGGCCUAUAGGCCGAUGCCUCUUGUGCCAAAUAAUAGCCUUAGCUUCCUAUUAAUUUGAUGCAUUUUUUUCAUUUAAUGUAAAAAAGAUUUUUACGUUUGUGAUCCGUUAUUGUCAGAGCAAGCGGUACUACUGUGGCCAUGAAUGAAAGCCAGUGUUGCUGUGCUGAUGAGGUCAUGCAAGCUGCGGACAUUAACGUCCGUUUAUUCUUAGCCACAAAAGCAUUGUUUGGUUUAAUUGCCCUUUGUAUAAGUAGAAGCGUACAGAACAUCUGCGGUAUGCUUUGCACUUAAUUAACCACACGAGCAGGAGAGAUAUCAGCCCCUGUGGCUUCCUCCUACUUUGUAAAAAAUUAUUCUAACGUUUAGAACUUGGCACUUUACCCAGUACGAGAUGAGUCUGGGGUAACCGUCGAUUAUCUAUGCAGUUUUCUCAGCAAUGUUGGAUUUACAUUACAUACAUACCUGGCAACCCGGGUCUGCUCAAAGUAAGACAGCCAGCUCGAUCUGUAUGACUCUUUUCGCAGUCUUAUUUCCGAUUGUCCUUUUUUUUUACAUCACCAUGCUGGUUUCACUGUAAAUCCUACUCGAAUGAAAGCACUUUGAAACAUGCUAACACUAUUUAGCCUCUAAAGCAACGAUUCUGUCUCAAUGACUUUUGACGGGUGUAAUUAAUUUAAGACAGUUCAGUGGGUUUGGAGAUGCCUGAAUAAAAUUCAAGUAUCACA